GCCAGUGGUUAGCGAUGCUGCUGCCCCUGGUGCUGCUGCGGCUGCUGCUGCUGGGGACGCCGCGGGGCUGCGCCCAGGGCGGGGCGGCAGCCUCCGCGCCGGAGCCUGUCCUCUCUUGGCGAGAUAAAGGAAUAUUCAUUAUCCAAAGUGAGAGCCUCAAGAAAUGCAUUCAGGCUGGUAAAUCUGUACUCAUCCUGAAGGACUGCCAACAGGCAAAUGAGAACAUGCUGUGGAAAUGGGUUUCAAACCAACACCUUUUUAACCUGGGAGGAAGUGGUUGCCUGGGCCUGAAUUUAUCCAAUCCUGAGCAGCCAUUAAGCAUCUACGAAUGUGAUUCCACCCACGUUUCCUUGAGGUGGCGCUGCAACAGGAAGACAAUCACAGGCCCAUUCCAGUACAUGGUCCAGGGGAGGCAUGAUGACACUGUUGUGGCUUCAAGGAAACAUCACCAUACUUGGAUUACCUACAUGUCAGGCAGUGGAGAUAUUUGUGAACAUCUUCACAAAGAUCUCUAUACGAUCCAAGGGAAUGCCUAUGGAAUGCCAUGUGUGUUUCCCUUCCAAUAUAAGGAGCAAUGGUAUCACGAAUGUACCCGGGAAGGUUGGAAAGAUGACUUGCUGUGGUGUGCCACGACAAGCCGAUACGAGAGAGAUGAGAAGUGGGGAUUCUGCCCAGAUCCCACAUCAGCAAAUACAGGCUGUAACGCUCUCUGGGAGAAGGACUUCAAGUCGCACAUUUGCUACCAAUUCAAUCUGCUUUCAUCUCUCUCUUGGAAUGAGGCACAUUCUUCCUGCCAGAUGCAAGGAGGCAACUUGUUAAGUAUUGCAGAUGAGAAUGAAGAAACGUUCAUAAAGAAGCACCUGAGUAAUGAAGCCGUGGAAGUGUGGAUAGGUUUGAAUCAGCUGGACGUUAAUGCUGGCUGGCAGUGGUCGGACGGAACAGCACUCAGCUAUCUGAACUGGAGCUCAGAUACUGGGAUAAAUGAGCCAUUUGUUGAAUAUCACUGUGGAACAUUUAAUUCAUUUAUGCAACCUGCCUGGAGGAGAAGGAAUUGUGAGUCUGCCAUGCCUUAUAUAUGUAAAAAAUAUCUAAACCAUACUGAACACACUAUUAUUGAAAAAGAUGCUUGGAAGUAUUAUGCCACCCACUGUGUACCUGGCUGGAAUCCCUACCAUGGCAAAUGCUACAAACUUCAGAAACAAAAAAAGACUUGGAAUGAAGCUUUGCACUCUUGUCAAUCUGCUAACAGUACAUUAAUAGAUAUAGCUUCAUUAGCAGAGGUGGAGUUUCUCAUAAACCUCCUUGGAGCUGAAAAUGCAUCAGAAACAUGGAUUGGUUUGAGCAGCAAUAAAAUUCCAGUUUCGUUUGAAUGGUCUAAUAGCUCCUCUGUCACCUUCACUAACUGGCACACACUUGAGCCCCAAAUCUUCCCAAAUAGGAGGCAGCUAUGUGUCUCAGCAGAGCAGUCUGAAGGACACUGGAAAGUUAAAAAUUGUGAAGAAACACUUUACUACACUUGUAAAAAAGCAGGCCAAGUCCUUUCUGAUGCUCAAUCAGGAUGUCAAAAGGGAUGGGAAAGACAUGGUGGAUUUUGUUACAAGAUUGACACAGUCCUCCGAAGCUUUGAGCAUGCCUCCAGUGCUUAUUACUGUCCUCCCGCACUUACAACCAUUACAAACAGGUUUGAACAGGCUUUUAUUACCAGUAUGAUCAGUAGUGUGGUGAAUACAAAAGACAGCUAUUUUUGGAUAGCUCUCCAAGACCAAAAUGAUACAGGAGAAUACACCUGGAAGACCGCAGGGCAGAGGCCUGAGCCUGUGCAGUACACACACUGGAAUGUACAUCAGCCCAGUUCCAAUGGUGGCUGUGUUGUCAUGCAUGGAAGGAGUGGGCGCUGGGAGGUGAAGGACUGCAGACAUUUCAAGGCAAUGUCUCUGUGUAAACAGCCAGUUGAAAAUCGUGAGAAAACAGAGCAGGAAGAGAGAUGGCCCUUUCACCCCUGCGAUUUGAACUGGGAGUCACAGCCUGGUCUGGCCAAUUGCUUCAAGGUAUUUCACAGUGAAAAAGUCCUAAUGAAAAGAUCAUGGAGAGAAGCUGAAGCAUUUUGUGAAGAAUUUGGAGCUCAUCUUGCCAGCUUUGCCCAUAUUGAGGAAGAAAAUUUUGUGAAUGAACUUUUACAUUCAAAAUUAAAUCGGACAGAAGAACGGCAGUUCUGGAUUGGAUUUAACAAAAGAAAUCCACUGAAUGCUGGUUCUUGGGAGUGGUCUGAUAGAACUCCUGUUGUCUCUUCAUUUUUAAACAAUUCUUAUUUUGGAGAAGAUGUAAGAAACUGUGCUGUGUAUAAGGUAGACAAAACCUUGCUGCCCUUGCACUGUGCUUCCAAACGGGAAUGGAUAUGCAAAAUUCCAAGAGAUGUGAGACCUAAGAUUCCACGCUGGUACUACUAUGAUGCUCCUUGGCUUUUUUAUCAGAAUGCAGAGUACCUUUUCUACUCCUAUCCAUUAGAAUGGUCUUCCUUUCAGUUUGUCUGUUUCUUGCUGAACAGUGACAUACUCACAAUUCUUUCUGCACAUGAGCAAGAAUUCAUCCACAGCAGAAUAAGAAAGCUAUCAAAGUUUGGUGUGAAUUGGUGGAUUGGAUACCAAGAAGAGCAAGCCAAUGAUGAAAUUCAUUGGAGAGAUGGAUCACCAGUAAUAUACCAGAACUGGGACAGAGGACAAGAGAUACCUGUGAAUAAUCAGAGCCAGAGAUGUGGCUUUAUUUCUUCCAUAACAGGGCUUUGGGGAAAGGAACAUUGUUCAAUGUCUAUGCCUGUUAUUUGUAAACGAAAAAAGGCAUUAGCGGUCGAGGCAGAAAAAGAUACAACAAAACAACAUGGAACAUGCCCCAAAGGAUGGCUAUACUUUAACUAUAAGUGCUUUUUGGUGAGGAUCCCCGAAGACCCAAGCAAUCUUAAGAACUGGACUGGAGCUCGCGACUUCUGUGUUGAAAAUGGGGGGACACUAGUCACCAUUGAAAGUGAAGUGGAGCAAGCCUUCAUUACUAUGCAUCUUUUUGGCCAGACCAUUAAUGUGUGGAUAGGCUUACAAGAUGAUGAUUAUGAAAGAUGGUUAAGUGGAAAGCCUGUAGUAUAUUCUAACUGGUCUCCAUUUGAUGUAAUAAAUAUUCCAAGUCAUAACACUGCUGAAGUUCGGAAACACAUUCCUCUCUGUGCCCUGCUGUCAAGUAAUCCUAAUUUUCAUUUCACUGGAAAAUGGUACUUUGAUGACUGUGAAAAAGAAUCGUAUGGGUUUGUUUGUGAAAGAAUUCAGGAUUCUUCUGAACACCAUAUAAAUACAUCUGAUAUGUAUCCAAUCCCCAGUACCUUAGCAUAUGGAAACAGAACUUACAAAAUAAUUAAUACAAAUGUGACCUGGCAUGGAGCAGUAAAAACCUGCCAGGUGCAUGGAGCAGAACUGGUCAGCAUUUCAGACCAGUAUCAUCAGUCCUUCCUUACCGUCAUCCUCAACCGACUAGGAUACGCCCACUGGAUCGGGCUGUUCACGGCAAAUAAUGGUCUUAGUUUUGACUGGUCAGAUGGGACCAUAUCUACUUUCUCAUUUUGGGAAGAAGAGGAGCCAUCCUUCCUUGGUGACUGUGUUUUUGCUGAUACUAAUGGACGCUGGCAUACCGCAGCCUGUGAGUCAUUUCUGCAAGGUGCCAUUUGUCAUGUGCCCCCUGAAACAAAGCCAUUUGAGCAUCCAUUGUUGUGUUCAGAAACAUCUAUUCCUUGGAUAAAAUUUAAAAGUAAUUGCUACAGCUUUUCUACAGUCCUAGACAGUUUGAGUUUUGAGGCUGCUCAUGAAUUUUGCAAAAAGGAAGGAUCUAACCUUCUAACAAUCAAGGAUGAGGCUGAAAUCUCAUUUCUUCUGAAAGAGCUUUUUGCUUUUGGUUCUUCUGUCCAGAUGGUUUGGUUGAAUGCUCAAUUUGACAGUAACAAUGAAACUAUAAGGUGGUUUGAUGGAACACCUGUAGAUCAGUCAAACUGGGGUAUUGGGAAGCUAGACAUGGACCACCUCAAAUCCCAUCCAUGUAUCACCCUGAAGAUCCCAGAAGGAGUGUGGAAGUUAUCCUCAUGUCAAGAUAAAAAGGGAUUUAUAUGCAAAAUGGAGGCAGAUAUUCACAUUGCAAAGGAGCAACCAGGAAAAGGACCCAGUCAUGGCACUGUUCCCCUUGCGGUUGCACUGACCUUGAUCAUACUUCUGGCCAGUCUCAUACUUGCCUUCUGCAUAUACAAGCGGAAUGGUGGCUCUUUCCGGAGACUUACAGGGUUGGGACACCCUUACUACCCUACAAUCAACUUUAGUACUGUACAUUUAGAAGAAAAUAUUCUCAUUUCUGAUUUUGAAAAAAAAUAGUUGUUGAUAAUGAAGCCAGACAAUGCCCAGCUCUGAAGAGGAUGAAAGAAGACUAUAAGAGGAGUCCCAGGUGUGUUCCCCAUCAACCACAGGCCAUUACCAUGUGAAUUCUGUCAAUCUUUUAAUUAUUGUUAAAGUAAUUACUGGUUAUGGUUGGAACCAAAUCAGAUGGACUUUGAUUUAUUCAAUACCCUAAACUUUAAUCCAUUCUAAAAAGUGAAAAGUUAGGCAAAGGUUAUCAUUCAGAAAAAUGGGAACUAUUUUUUAUCCCCCUUUAAAAAUUCUCAAACAUAUAUUAAAUAGCUCCAACUAGAGCUGGGAAGGUGGCUCAGUGGUAGAGCACUUGCCUUGCAUG